UUUGGCGGGGCGGGGCAUCUCUGUGACGCCAGGGGCUGGGCCUAAAUGGCGAAACCCGAGAGGCUCCCCGGGGGGUUUGAACUGGCCAAUGGGCGAGCUGCCGAUCGGGUGUCGAAAAAGGAGGCGGAAGCGGGGAGGAGUCGCCGCCGGGGCUGGACUGCAUCCGCCGCGGCGUCUCCAUGGCACGACCCUGGCCUCCGACUUCAACGACUUCAUAAGGAGGCGUUUCUGGGCGCAGCCGUGUCGCUCCUGGUUUCCAUCGUGUGGGAAGAACGGAGUAACGAGUCUCACGCAGAAAAAGGUCUUGAGGACACCUUGUGGCGCACCCAGUGUGACUGUGACGAAGCGAACCAUGAAGGACCGCUCUUCAACUCCCCCCUUACAUGUUCACGUGGAUGAGAACACCCCUGUCCACGUCCACAUUAAAAAACUCCCGAAACCAUCAGCGACCAACAGCCAGAAAUCUCAUAAGCGCGGAAUGAAAGGGGACACCGUGAAUGUGCGGCGGAGUGUCCGGGUGAAAACCAAGGUACCUUGGAUGCCCCCUGGAAAAUCAUCCACCCGGCAUGUGGGAUGCAAGUGGGAGAAUCCACCCCAUUGCCUGGAGAUCACGCCACCGUCUUCAGAAAAGCUAGUCUCAGUGAUGCGGUUAAGUGACCUCUCUACAGAAGAUGAUGACUCGGGUCAUUGUAAAAUGAACCGUUAUGAUAAGAAGAUUGACAGUCUCAUGAAUGCGGUUGGUUGUCUCAAGUCUGAGGUCAAGAUGCAGAAGGGAGAGCGCCAGAUGGCCAAAAGGUUCCUAGAGGAACGCAAGGAGGAGCUGGAGGAGGUGGCCCAGGAGCUGGCCGAGACGGAGCACGAGAACACGGUGCUGAGGCACAACAUCGAGCGCAUCAAGGAGGAGAAGGACUUCACCAUGCUUCAGAAGAAACACCUCCAGCAGGAGAAGGAGUGCCUCAUGUCCAAGCUGGUGGAGGCUGAAAUGGAUGGGGCUGCCGCUGCCAAACAAGUCAUGGCCCUGAAGGACACCAUCGGGAAACUGAAGACAGAGAAACAAAUGACCUGCUCGGACAUCAACACCCUGACGAGGCAGAAAGAACUUCUCCUCCAGAAGCUGAGCACAUUUGAGGAGACCAACCGCACCCUCCGAGACCUGUUGAGGGAACAGCACUGCAAAGAGGAUUCUGAAAAGCUGAUGGAGCAACAAGGAGCACUACUGAAACGGCUGGCGGAGGCGGACUCUGAAAAAGCGCGCCUGCUAUUACUGCUGCAAGACAAGGACAAGGAGGUGGAAGAGCUCCUCCAGGAAAUACAAUGUGAGAAGGCUCAAGCGAAGACAGCAUCUGAGCUUUCAAAGUCCAUGGAAUCCAUGCGUGGCCAUUUGCAGGCGCAGCUUCGGUGCAAAGAGGCAGAGAACAGUCGCCUGUGCAUGCAGAUCAAGAACCUGGAGCGCAGUGGAAACCAGCACAAGGCGGAAGUGGAGGCCAUCAUGGAGCAGCUGAAGGAACUGAAGCAGAAGGGAGAACGGGACAAAGAGUCGUUGAAGAAGGCCAUCCGAGCCCAGAAGGAACGAGCGGAGAAGAGUGAGGAAUAUGCGGAACAGCUGCACGUACAACUUGCUGACAAGGAUCUUUAUGUCGCUGAAGCUUUAUCUACUCUGGAAUCAUGGAGGAGCCGCUACAACCAAGUUGUGAAAGACAAGGGGGACCUUGAGCUGGAAAUUAUUGUCCUGAACGACCGGGUGACAGAUCUUGUAAACCAACAACAAACCUUGGAGGAGAAGAUGCGGGAAGACCGGGACAGCCUGGUGGAGAGACUACACCGGCAGACUGCCGAGUAUUCUGCAUUUAAACUGGAGAAUGAGAGGCUGAAGGCUAGCUUCACCCCCAUGGAGGACAAACUCAACCAGGCGCACAUCGAAGUUCAGCAGCUGAAGGCAUCGGUUAAGAACUAUGAGGGGAUGAUUGACAACUAUAAGAGUCAGGUGAUGAAGACCAGAUUGGAGGCUGAUGAAGUGGCUGCCCAGCUGGAGCGCUGUGACAAAGAGAACAAGAUCCUUAAAGAUGAGAUGAACAAAGAGAUUGAAGCGGCACGGAGGCAGUUCCAGUCCCAGCUGGCUGACCUGCAGCAGCUGCCUGACAUCCUCAAGAUCACGGAGGCUAAGUUGGCAGAGUGCCAAGACCAGCUGCAGGGCUAUGAGAGAAAGAACAUUGACCUCACAGCCAUCAUAUCAGACCUGCGCAGCCGGAUCGAACAUCAGGGGGACAAGCUGGAGAUGGCGAGAGAGAAACAUCAAGCCUCCCAGAAGGAAAAUAAACAGCUGAGUCUGAAGGUGGAUGAACUGGAGAGGAAACUGGAGGCGACCAGUGCCCAGAAUAUCGAGUUCCUACAGGUGAUUGCCAAGAGGGAGGAGGCAAUCCACCAGUCCCAGCUGCGACUGGAGGAGAAAACACGGGAAUGUGGGUCCCUGGCGAGGCAGCUGGAGAGCGCCAUUGAAGAUGCCAAGCGGCAGGUGGAACAAACCAAGGAGAAUGCAGCCUCCAAGGAGCGAGCAGCCCAGAACAAAAUCCUGGACCUUGAGACCCAGCUGAGCAGGACCAAAACUGAACUCAGCCAGCUUCGGCGGAGCCGGGAUGAUGCUGACCGCCGCUACCAGAGCCGGCUGCAAGACCUGAAAGACCGCCUGGAGCAGUCGGAGAGCACCAAUCGCAGCAUGCAGAACUACGUCCAGUUCCUCAAGUCAUCCUAUGCCAAUGUGUUUGGGGACGGUGCCUACACUACCUACCUGACCAGCUCUCCCAUCCGCUCCCGAUCUCCUCCUGCCUAAGGCCACCAUUCUUGGGCUAGGAGCUCAGAUGGAUGCCGUGGGAACUGGGGCAUUGCUAAGCCAUACCUGGAAAGCCUGUUGGUUUUCCUCUCUCUUCCAGUGAUGAAGUAUGUUCGGGAUCUUGUCUUAGCUACUAGCUCCAGAAAAGUGCCGAAAGUAGCGGGGGAUGAAGCAGGACCUACUUAAUUCUCUCCUCUCUGACAGAGUCGCCUGAUGGAAGUUUUUUAAUUACCCUGACAGGCCUUAAAUCUACUACCAUUAGGAUCAGAAUUUAACUCACCAUGACUUUGCUCAUUCCUCCCGAGAGAAUGUUCGGAUUGGACUUUCUCUCCAGUCCCCUUACAGCGCCCCUCUUUUGAGGACCCUCUCUUGGGUUUUCUCUGACCUGAAUGAGCAGGAGCUGUUAGCCAGAGGCCGUCACCGCACCUCCCGAGCACAUUCACUUGCUGUUUUCCUUAUUUCACAGGUACGGUGUCUUCCCCAAGGUGCUCCCCUCCCAAGCCCAGUGGAAACCUCUCAUGGCCAAGUGUCCUUGAGGCCACUUGGGCUCUACACUUCACAGUAGACACUUGAGGGCUUAUGUCCACUUGCCCUCGUAAAAGUUGAUUGCCAAUCUCAUUUAUUUUUGUUUCUCUUUGCCAGGUUUCUAUCUAUGGAAUGCAUUUAUUCUUGGAAAAUGUGUGUUGUUUUACAAAAAGCUUUUAUAAUCUUAUUUAAGGCUCCAUUGGAUGACUUCUUUACCCACCACCACCCCUCUUCUAAGAAUGAUUCAUUAAAGUGCUGCAGGAGAGCCAGUAAACAUUUUUAAAGGAUUUGGUGCAUGGAA